AUGAGUUCCAACACGACUCCAUCUCCCAGAACAGUUACAGUGGCUGCUUGCCAACUUGGCCCUAUUCAUCUGGCAGAUUCUCGACAAGAUGUUCUUAAGCGGAUGUUCUCACUUUUGGAUCAAGCCUCGGAACAAGGAGUGAAAUUGGCUGUUUUUCCGGAGCUCGCAUUCACUACUUUCUUUCCUCGGUGGCUCUUGAAGGAGAACGAGCUGGACCAGUACUUCGAUGUUGAAGAUUCCAGCAAGGGUGGUAUCGAGCAAUCUCCAAAUGUGAAACCGCUCUUCGAUCAUGCAAGAUCCCUUGGGAUUGAUGUUUAUGUUGGGUAUGCGGAGCGAAGCCUUCAAUCUGACGGAUCACAUAUCGACUACAAUUCUAGUGUGUAUUAUUCUGCUCAGAGAAAUCAGAUUGUGGCAAAGUACCGCAAGGUUCAUCUUCCUGGUUCUGUAGAGCCCAAGACUGAACCCGGUGCCUAUCAACAAUUGGAGAAGCGCUACUUCCGCCCCGGCGAUCUUGGCUUCCCUGCAUUCAGAGCGCCUGGCCUUAUCGAAGGUGCAUUGAAGAAGAAUUCUGAAUCUGAUGGAGAUCAGGAUUUUACAGGCAAAGGCGAUCCCAUCAUUGGGAUGCUGAUCUGCAAUGACCGCCGAUGGGCCGAAGCAUGGCGGGUAUACGGAUUGCAAGGGAUGGAGAUCUUGUGCUGUGGGUACAAUACGACUGCAUUCCAGACUACAAGUAGUGGUCAUGCUGUGGAUAUGAGUCCUGAAGAUGCGGAAGACUUGGUUAUGCAACACCACAAGCUUUCCUGUCAAGGAAAUAGUUACAUGAAUGCUUGCUUCAGCAUUAAUGUGGCCAAGACGGGCGCGGAAGAUGGAAACCCCUUGGUUGGUGGAACUAUUAUUGUGCAUCCUCUUGGUCAUAUUAUAAAAGAGGCGAAGACGAAGGAAGAUGAACUUGUGAUUGCUACUAUCGACCUGGCGGAUUGUGUUCGGUUGAAGAGUACGGUGUUUGCCUUUGAGAAGCAUCGGAGACCAGAGCAUUACCAUUCUAUCAUUGAGCGCACUGGGGUUAUUGAGCCAGAUCUGCUGUAA